CGCCGCCAGUCCGGGCAGAGAGUGCGGCCAUGGCGGCGCCGGUGCGGCUGACGGCGCUGGCUGCCAUGAUGGCGGCGGCCCGGGCGGCGUCGCCGCCGCUGCCGCUGGUGCGGGCGGGCGCGGAGGACGCGCGGCAGGAGGCGGCGGUGCGGGCGCUGGCGCGGCGCCUGCUGGGCCCGCGGGCCGCCGCCGUGGCGCUGUCGGUGGACGGCUCGCUGGCGGCGGGCGGGCUGGACACCUACCGGGUGCACUCGCCGCCCGGCGCCGCCGUGGCCGUGGCCGUGGCCGGCUCCAGCGGCGUGGCGGCCGCCGCCGGCCUCCACCGCUACCUGCGCGACCUCUGCGGCUGCCACCUGUCCUGGUCCGGGAGGCAGCUCCGCCUGCCGGACCCGCUGCCCCGGGUGCCGGCCGAGAUCCGCGCCACCGCCCCCGGCAGGUUCCGCUACUACCAGAACGUCUGCACCCAGAGCUACUCGUUCGCCUGGUGGGACUGGGCGCGCUGGGAGGAGGAGAUCGACUGGAUGGCCCUCAGCGGCAUCAACCUGGCGCUGGCCUUCGCGGGGCAGGAGGCCGUCUGGCAGCGGGUGUACCUCUCCUUGGGCCUCAACCAGUCGGAGAUAGACGAGUAUUUCACGGGGCCGGCGUUCCUGGCCUGGAACCGCAUGGGAAACCUCCACGGCUGGGCAGGGCCGCUGCCGCGGGCCUGGCACCUCAAGCAGCUUUACGUGCAGUACAGGGUCCUGGAGAGGAUGCGCUCGCUGGGGAUGAUCACGGUGCUGCCGGCCUUCGCAGGCCACGUGCCCCAGGGCGUCCUCAGGGCUUUCCCACGUGUGAAUGCCACUCGCCUCGGGGGCUGGAGCCACUUUGACUGCACGUACUCUUGUACCUACUUGCUGGACCCCGAGGACCCCAUGUUCCAGGUCAUCGGGACCCUCUUCCUGAAGGAGCUGAUCAAGGAGUUUGGCACAGACCACAUCUACAGCGCUGACACCUUCAACGAGAUGAACCCGCUGUCCUCCGACCCCGCGUACCUCUCCAGGGUCAGCAGUGCCGUCUUCAGGUCCAUGACCGGAGCGGACCCCAAGGCAGUGUGGCUGAUGCAGGGCUGGCUCUUCCAACACCAGCCGGACUUCUGGCAGCCGGCGCAGGUGCGGGCGCUGCUGCACGGCGUGCCCCUCGGCAGGAUGAUCGUUCUCGACCUCUUCGCGGAGUCCAGGCCCGUGUACCAGUGGACCGAGUCCUUCUACGGGCAGCCCUUCAUCUGGUGCAUGCUGCACAACUUCGGGGGCAACCACGGGCUCUUCGGCACCGUGGAGGCUAUCAACCACGGCCCUUUCGCAGCGCGGCGCUUCCCCAACUCCACCAUGGUGGGCACCGGGCUGGUGCCUGAGGGCAUCGAGCAGAACGACAUGGUGUACGAGCUGAUGAACGAACUGGGCUGGCGCCAGGAGCCCCUCGACCUCCCGAGCUGGGUCGCCCGCUACGCGGAGCGCCGCUACGGAGCCCCGAACGCUGCAGCGGCCAGCGCCUGGCGGCUGCUCCUCCGCAGCGUGUACAACUGCACGGGGGUCUGCGUCAACCACAACCGCAGCCCGCUGGUGCGCCGGCCCUCCCUGCGCAUGGACACCGAGGUCUGGUACAACAAGAGCGACGUGUACGAGGCCUGGCGCCUGCUGCUGAGCGCCGGCGCGGAGCUGGGCUCCAGCCCCACCUUCGGCUACGACCUGGCGGACGUCACGCGGCAGGCGGCCCAGCAGCUGGUGAGCGAGUACUACCUGAGCAUCCGGCAGGCCUUCCAGAGCCGCUCGCUGCCGGAGCUGCUCACGGCCGGCGGUGUGCUGGUCUACGACCUGCUCCCGGAGCUCGACGGCCUCCUGUCCAGCCACCGCCUCUUCCUGCUGGGCCGCUGGCUGGAGAGCGCCCGUGCCGUGGCCACCAGCGACAGGGAGGCCGAGCAGUACGAGCUGAACGCCCGGAACCAGGUGACGCUGUGGGGGCCCAACGGCAACAUCCUGGAUUACGCCAACAAGCAGCUGGGGGGGCUGGUGCUGGACUACUAUGGCGUGCGCUGGAGCCUCUUCGUCUCUGCCCUUGUGGAGAGCCUCAACUCCGGCAGCCCCUUCCACCAGGACCAGUUCAACCAGGCCGUCUUCCAGGUAGAGAGAGGCUUCAUCUACAACAAGAAGCGCUACCCCACAGCGCCUGUCGGGGACACGCUGGAGAUCUCCAAGAAGAUAUUCCUCAAAUACUACCCCAGCGCCAUGCGACGGGGCCGGGCCGGACCAGCGUGAGCGGAGGCCGUGUCGCUGGAGCCUCCCCCAGGAGGGGGGGGUGCAGGGACCCCGUGUGCCAAGGCUCCCGCAGCCUCUCGCCUGAUCCGUGUGUCCUGGUGAUGCUGGAAUGAAGGCCCAGAGCUGCACCAGGCUGUUCCCUCCGCGUGGGCAGGAUGAGCCCCCCAAGGGGGGUGGUGGCCAGCUGUGGGGCGAGCUGUGCCCCAGGGACCCGUCCCGCGUGGUGCUGCGUGCCCCUCCCUGCCUGCCCUGCCUGGCUGCCCCGAGCCUGUCCCGGCGAGGAGGUCGCAGCUGCAGGAGGUGAAGCUGGAUCCCCAGCAAACCGCGGAGCCCGGAGCCGCAGGCAUGGAGGAAGGGCUCUGCUGCCCCGGCUCUCCCGGAAGGACACUCGGCGGGAGCUGGGACCGCUCAGAUGGACGGAGGGGCACGGCAGCCCACGCGCCUCUCCCCACGGGGCUCCCGGCCUGCUGCCUGGAGGCAGCGUUGGCAGAGAGGGGACGAGCAGAGCCGCGCUUUGCCCCCCGGUGUGGGUCUGGGCCCCACGGCUCGUGCUUGGACGGCUCUUUGCCCUGGGCCCCGCAGUGCCCUGCAGGGCUCUGUGCUGGCGGCCGCUGGGAGCUGUGCUGCGAUCGGCUGCUGGCCGCUGUGACCCUGGGGACGUGGGGCUAGCGCCCUGCUGCAUUUCGUGCCUUUUGUACAGAAGGAAAGAGACUUUACAGACUUUUUUAUAGACCCUGGGGCUCUGCUCCUCAGGGCAGGGUUUUUCCGUGCCUUUUCCCCCACCCCGCUGGGACUCGGGCAGAGGCUGCACGUCGGCGCGCCUGCCCGGGAGAGGGGCUGGAGGCGGGCGCUGACGGGCAGCGUUCCUGCCCUGCUCCAGCCUGCAGAGCAAUAAACGCCUGGGCAGUGAA